UCCGAUAGUAGUAAUUGGGGAUGAUGGGAGUUACAGUCCUGUAUUUGGAGCCGGAGCCCCAAGCAACUGGAGACGAGAGUUUUGGGAAAGGAGUGCAAGUCCCAGAGACCUCGCCUGAUGCCGGGGAUGCUGGGAGUUGCAGUCAUUUGGAGGAGACGGAGGCGGGCGGGGCUGCUUGGCUGCGCGGGGCCAGCAGAGGUCCCUGGACUAGUCGCCCUGCCAGGCUGGGAGGAAGGCCGCUCUCUUGGCUCGCCUUCCUCGGCCGCCUCUCGGUUGUGCGGCAGCUUCCUCCGCCUGAGUCAGCCAGAGACAGAGACACAGCCUGGAUCCCACGAAGGAAGAAGGGCCCAUGCCCUCCUCCCGCGGGGAAAGCGGGACCAGCUGCUCCUCGCCGCGCUCUCCUUCCUGUAAGUGAAAAGAUGGUGAAUGAGGAAGAGGAGGGUCCGUCUCAUCAAGGAGGUCCUAAACCAACGCCUUCGGAAACCUGCCCAACGCAUCCGUCUCCGGACCAUGAAGUGGAAGGAGAUGAAGUCAGUGAGACCAGUUCGGAGGUAGAAGGGAGAAGCUCUGCUCCAGAACUGGAGAGUGAAUCCCUUCCCCUCAAUGGAGGCGUGCACCUGUCACAGACGCAGUAUAUCUGCCCUGUUUGUGGGGAAUGCUUCAGUGGGAGCUCCUGCCUUGUCGAGCAUCAAAAAGUUCACAAAGAGGUGAAACCGCAUACGUGCCCUGUCUGUGGAAAGGGCUUCGGCCAGGAGGUGGAUUUGGUGGAGCACAUGCAGAGCCACACUGACGAGAAGCCCUUUUGUUGCCUGGAGUGCGGGAGGACCUUUCUCUUCAGCUCGGAUCUGGUUUCUCACCAGAAGGUCCACACAGGCGAGAAGCCCUACAUCUGCCUGGAGUGCGGGAAGGGCUUCUCCCAGAGCUCCCAGCUGAUGUCCCACCGGAGGGUCCACACGGGGGAGAAGCCCUAUGAGUGCAUCAUCUGCGAGAAGAGCUUUCGCUCUAACUACGACCUGGUCAACCACCAGAGGAGCCACACGGGAGAGAAACCGUACAUAUGCUCGGACUGCGGGAAGAGCUUCACCCGGAGUUCGCACCUCAUCUCCCACCAGCGAGUCCACACCGGGGAGAGGCCCUAUCCUUGCGGGAUCUGCGGAAAGCGUUUCCGGGACUGCUCUCAUCUAAUUCGGCACCAGAGGGUCCAUACCGGGGAGAAGCCGUACGAGUGCUCCAUCUGUGGAAAGAGCUUCCGCGUCAACUACGACUUAGUGACCCACCAGAGGAACCACACGGGAGAAAAGCCCUACGAAUGCCCCGACUGCGGCAAGGGCUUUAAGCGGAGUUCCCACCUCAUCUGCCACCAACGGGUCCACACUGGAGAAAGGCCUUACCCCUGCGGCAUCUGUGGGAAAAGCUUCAGUUACAGCUCUGACCUGAUUAAGCACCAGAGAAUCCACACCGGGGAGAAACCUUACGAGUGCCACAUCUGCGGAAAGAGCUUCCGGAUCAAUGCCGACCUUGUCACUCACCAGAGGAUCCACACGGGAGAGAAGCCCUACACCUGUUCCGACUGUGGGAAGUGCUUUGCCCGGAGCUCGCGCCUCCGGAAGCACCGGCGAACCCACACGGGAGAGAAGCCCUACGUCUGCCGCGUGUGUUUGAAAUGCUUCAGUGACGGCUCUGCCCUUGUGAAGCACAGGCGAAUCCACGCCGGGGAGAAGCCUUAUGGCUGCCCUGAGUGCGGGAAGAGCUUCUCUCAGAGUUCGACCCUUAUUGCUCACCAGAGAACCCACACCGGCGAGAGGCCCUAUACUUGCCCGAUCUGCGGAAAGAGCUUCAGCGUCAGCUCGAACCUUGCGGCCCACCAAAGGAUCCACACGGGAGAGAAACCGUACGAAUGCGCUGUCUGCGAAAAAAGCUUCCUAGUCAACUCUCACCUGAUCCGGCACCAGCGGAUCCACACGUCGGAGAAGCCCUAUAUUUGCCGGGAAUGUGGGGAGUGCUUCACCCAGAGCUCCCACCUGGUUGUCCAUCGCAGAAUCCACACUGGGGAGAAACCUUAUCUGUGUGCUAUAUGUGGGAAGAACUACCGCGGCAUCUCGGACUUCAUCUUGCACCAGAGAAUUCACACGGGCGAGAGGCCGUACCCCUGUUUGCAGUGUGGGAAAAGCUUCCGCCAGAGCUCUUCUCUGACCAAACACCAGAGGAUCCACACGGGAGAGAGGCCCUACGAGUGCGGAGAAUGCGGGAAAACCUUCAGUCGGAAUUCGCAUCUUACCCGACACUAUAAAGUCCACAUGGCACAAACGAAUACCCUGCCGACACUAAUUCAGUGAGCGGUUCUCUGACAUGGAAGACAGGCUUUGCUCUUGUUGUUGGAAUGAAACUCUAGUCGGACAUUGUGCUCUCAUCGGUCUUCUUGUAGAAUUAAUGCAAUUUGACACUGAUUUAACAGCCAUGGCUCAGUGUCCUGAUCUUUAGCCUUCUUUGCCCAGAGAGUGCUGGUGCCUCACCAAAUUAUAACUCACAGAGCCUCCCGUGGUGCAGCGGGUUAAACCCUUGUGCCGGCAGGACUGUUGACUGAGAGGUCAGCGUUCGAAUCCGGGGAGUGGGGUGAGCUCCUGUCUGUUAGCUCCAACUUCUCAUGUAGAGACAUGAGAGAAGCCUUCCACAGGAUGGUAAAACAUCUGGGCAUCCUCUGGCCAACAUCCACACCAGAAGCAACUUGCACUUUCCCAAGUUGCUCCUGACACAAAAAAAACCUCACAGGGUUUUAUAGCACUGAGCCAAUGCAGUUAAAGCAGUGUCAAACUGCAUUCAUUUUACAGUGUAAAUCUGGCAUGGGCAAACUUGGGGCCCUCGGGUCUUUUGGACUUCAACUCCUACUGGCUGUUAGGAAUUGUGGGAGUUAAGUCCAAAACUGGCCCAAGUUUGUCCAUUCCUGGUGUAAAUGCACCCCUAUUUAACAAAGUGGAUAAUACAAUACAACUUUAUUUUUGUAUCCCGUCUCCAUCUCCCCAAGGGGACUCGCAGCGGCUUACAUAGGGACAAGCCCAGUCAACAUCAUAAAAUAUAAACACAUUAAAAUACAUGCACAAUAUCAUAAAACAGAAUAAAACAACAACAAUUAUAACAACAUAGCGCUUGUGACAAAAUAAAAACAAGCUCUAACCAACAGCCAAUGAACCUGAAAUAAAAUCAAUUUCUAGGCAUGGAUGUGAGGGCUAGUGUAACUCACUUUAAAAAAUAGGGUUAAUGGAUUAAGUGCAUAAGUCCAAUGAGUGGGGAUGAGCAAUGUAAGAUGGAGAAUGAUAUUUUUGGACAUGAAUGGAUGUUACCCAUGCUCAGAAUCUGAAAUGGUUUUUUUUAUGUAGGGCUGAGAGGCAAGUGUGAAUGGGAUUGUCUUCCAACACAGAUGCUUCCAAACUAUUCCAAGAUUUAUCUGGGACUUGAUUUCCGUCUAUAUUAUAUUGGAAAGGCUUCCUACUUUCUGAACAACAGCUUCACUAUUUGUAUCUGAAAAGUUCAUGGUAGGUUUUCACACACACAUGUUUUCUCAGCCUUUAGUGCUCCAGAUAUUUGGGGCUCCCUGAACAUGUGUUGAAAAGAAGGAGUGCCAUGGUGAGGGAUUGCACUUCAGAAUUUACCACUACAACAAGAAACACAACAACAAGUCAUAAAUGAUUUGCUAAUGUGACUGUUUUUCUUCCAGAACAACUAUACUUUUAAAUGCUAGGGAUUCUGUAUUUCAAAUAGACCCCCGCCCCAAAAGCCCCCAUAAAUAUCCUGUUCUUGUAACCUCUUUAAAAAUAAAAAAUAGUUACUUUAUUUGGAAGGAAACUUUUACCCUUUUUAAAAAAAUAUAUAGAUAUUUUCUUUGGAAGGAAGCUUGGAGAUAAAUGUCAGCUUCUGUUAAAAUCAUAGCUACUAGAACUAGGCAGAAAGCUGGCAACCCAGACAAUGGGUCCUGUCCAUUUCAAAGGCAUUUUCAUGCCAGGCUGCUUAAUAACAUCCUGAUUUUAAAUUCAUUUGCAAGAAGCAAAUUUGACUGCCGUCAUGAAAGCAAACCAGUUUUUUUAUGAUCUAAGGAAGGGGAUGGUAAUGGAAAGAGAUGAUAUUGACCACAUUAAGUGUUAGCUGGCAAAGGGCUCAGUUUACAUUUCAGCUGAAAAUGAAUUAUAGUCAGUCCUGAAUAUAUAUAUUACAGUGCCUAUAAGAAAUGCAGCCCAGACAGAAAUCCUAUAUGUGAAAUCUAUAUGCUGAAGAAGCUGCAUCUGUUGAAUAUUUGCCAGUCUUAAAAAAAACAACAAAACAGGUCCUAUCUACACUGCCAUAUAAUGAUGUUUGAAACUUCAUUAUAUAUAUUGUCGAAGGCUUUCAUGGCCAGAAUCACUGGGUUGCUAUGAGUUUUUCAGGCUGUAUGUCCAUGUUCCAGAAGUAUUCUCUCCUGACAUUUCACCCACAUCCUCAGGGAUUGUGCGGUCUGUUGGAAACUAGGCAAGUGGGAUUUAUAUAUCUGUGGAAUGCCCAGGGUGGGAGAAAGGACUCUUGUCUGUUUGGCCUGCUAACACCUCCCCAGAAGGGAUUCCCCAGGCAGGAAGCAGCCAGGCUUUAAAGCUGUGAAGCCAUUCAAUUCUAAUCAAGCUGGCCAAUUGCAACAUUCACACUUGCCUCAAGCAGACAAGAGUUCUUUCUCCCACCCUGGACAUUGCACAGAUAUAUAAACCCCACUGCCUAGUUUCCAACAGACCUCAACAACCUCUGAAGAUGCCUGCCACAGAUGUGGGUGAAACGUCAGGAGGAAAUGCUUCUGGAACAUGGCCAUAUAGCCCGGAAAACUCACAGCAACCCAUUUCAUUAUAUAGUCAGUGUAGUCUGCCUUUAAACUGCUUUAUAUUUCAAUGUAGAUUGGUCCAAACUAUAGCUAACCCUAGCUUAGUUACAAUACAAAAAACACUACUGUUUCUGUUCCUAUGGGUCACUGACUACUGUCUAUUUACUACAUCUUUUGUAUAUUAUAUUUUCUAGGAAACUAAACUACAAACAAAGCUCCAUUUAUCAAGCUGGGUAACAUUUACAGAUCCACAUGCUUGCUCUUUUAACACAAAAGUUCUCAUUCACACUACAUUUAAGAAUUCACCUUCAGGUGGAUGAUGUUUUUGAAAUCACUUUUUAUACUUCGGUUCAAUUACAUGGAGAUAAGAUGAUGUUUUUAAUAGAUAAGAAAAAUGCAGAGUUCAAAAAUCCCAUGCAAGCAACUAGCCUUGCGCCAUUAGUGUUGUUAGCAAUCUCCUACCUAGCGUAAACUGUAUGACCAUUCAAUAAAAAGAAAUGAACUUG